GGCGUUUGAGACAUGGAAUGGAAGUUGAUUAAAUUUUUUUAUAAAGUUAUAUUGUUACAAGCCUGUCUGGAUACAAUCGCUAGGCCAAAGGUUCAGGGAACAAUCCAAUUUAACGGCAAAUUCGGUUGUUCAACAUGUCUGCACAGCGGUAAACUGACGAACGGGAAUCAGAUACGGUAUCCCUUCCAACACUCGAAGCAGAGGGAGUCCGUUGAAACCCAAAGGUUGAUGAUGGAAGUUCAUGAAACAGGUGUACCAAAAUAUGGUAUGUUCUGAUGUUCGUACCAGACUUUGAUGUAAUACAUGGUUUUCCUCCUGACUAUAUGCAUGGCGUUUUAUUGGGAGUAAUGAAAAUGAUGUGGGAUUUUUUCACAUGUACCUCCAAUCACCAGAAACCAUUCUACGUGGGACUUCAACUGAAAGAGGUUGAAAAGCGUAUGAUUAGUAUUCGUCCACCAAGCGCCUUUCCUCGAUAUCCUGGAAAACUUGAAGACAUCAAAAAGAACAAAGCUACUGACUGGGAACAUAUUUUAUAUCACUAUUUCUUCCCAUGUUUCUACGGUAUCCUACCGCAACCUUUUUUGGACCACUUCAUGUUGCUUUCAUCGAGCGUUUUUAAUUUACUUGAUCUACAUCUUUCGCCUGAGAAAAUUGACUCCUGUGAAACAUCUAUCAACAGCUUCGUAGCACAAUUUGAAAAGUUUUAUGGUGAAAAUAACAUGGUAUUCAACGUUCAUUUAUUGACCCAUUUAUCUCAAUGCGCUAGAAACUUCGGCGCUCUUUGGAACUCUUCUUUAUAUCCAUACGAGAGUGCAAAUGGGAUGAUACUUAAUUAUAGGACAGGUAACAAUCAUCCGGUGGUUCAAAUCACCAAGAAAUACGUAAUGCAUAGGAUUUGCCAAAACUCCAGAAUUCCGGAGACAUCACCGGCUUAUACUUGGCAUUCUGAAAUCUGGAAUUCAACAAAAAAGCAAGAUCUUCAUUUUGAUAGGCGAUUUGUUUAUGAACUUUCACAAGACGUUAGCAUUGACGAUUAUAUUGAGCAACGUGAAUUUAGCUAUCACGAUAGAAUCCAUGUUGGAAACAUACAGUACCGUACCCAUAAGUCAUGUAGGGAUCUGGGAUAUGAUGAUUCAUAUGUUUGCAUUUAUGGAGAGUUUUUCCGCAUAGAGCAAAUAUUAACAGACACAAACAGUGAAACAUAUAUUGUUGGCUUGAAACUGAUCACAUGUAAAUUAUUUGACAAUAUGUUUACGUAUUCAAUAAGUGAUUCUAUGUUGAAAACCGAAAUGAGCUCUCACGACGAUUGA